ACACGUGACGCGAGGCACAUCCGGUGCGGCGACUUCCGGCGGCGCUCUGGCUCUUUUCUGGCGGUAUCGGCGCGGCAGGCGGAGUUGCGGUGUGAGGAGGCCUGACCGGGAGGGCGGGAGACGUCUCCGGCCUCUCGGUGUCUUGCGGUAGAUAGAUAAUCCCCUUGGCGGGUUCUUUCAGGAGUCUCUGGCCGUUCCUUUCAGUCCGCCUUUUGUUGGCAUAAUAGAUGACAAAUUUUGAUCACAGAACUUCAGUGAAUUUGCAAGAUGGCAGCAGCAGAGCCCUGACUUGGGGCCAUAAAGGCUUUGGUUGAAGAGAUAUGGAGGAUCAAGAAGACAGCCCAGUGGAGACCAUUGAUGUCUACCUUGAGCCUGACCCAGUAGAGGAAGAGCAUGUACGCAGCAGAAGAACGGUAAAAAGGAUCCGGGUUGAGGAAAGCCCCGAUGAAGAGGAUGAUGAUGAGAGCGAGCAGGAAGAUGGAAAUGACAGCGAUUACUCUCCUCCUACACACGGGAGGAACCUGAGGAGGCGCCGGCAGUAUUACUGCGCAGAGUGCGAGAAGUGUUUCAAGCAUAGUGCCGCCCUGGAAGCCCAUCGCCGGAUCCAUAAGAGCGACGUAGGCUUCCCGUGUGACGUCUGCAAUGCCCGUUUCUCUUUGAAAUCCGACCUAAUGGUUCAUCAGAGGCAGCACGCGCCAAAAAACAGCUUGGAAAGUCCACAAACGAGCCGGACACCCACCGAAAGCUCCAACUCGAGCGCCAGUAAUAGCCCUUCACUGGAAGAAAAGCCUCACCAGUGCAACUACUGCGAGAAGAAGUUCCGAGACAAGACCAUCCUGGAAGCCCAUCAGAGAAUCCACACCGGAAAACUUGCCUAUCCCUGCCCGGUGUGCGACGAGAGCUUCUCGAAGCCGGCUCUGCUCGCCGCUCACAGCAACAUUCACCGAGAGGGCAAACCCUUCCACUGCGACCAGUGCGAUAAAAAAUUCAACGAUCAGACGCUCUUGGUGGCCCACAAGAGGACCCACACCGGGGAGAAGCCUCAGAAGUGUAACCACUGCAACAAAUGGUUCCCUAACCGCAGCAGCCUGGAAGCCCACGGCGAGUGCCACCUGAAACCCAAGCCGUACAAGUGCCGCCAUUGCGAGAAGAGCUUCAACGAUAAGUCCCUGCUCAUCACCCACGAGGGAGUGCACACAGACACUAAGCCCUUCAAGUGCACUCAAUGCAGCGAGAGCUUCUUCCUGAAGACGCAGCUGAUGGCGCACCAGGCCACCCACGCUCCCGAUAAACCCUUCCCAUGCAACCAGUGCGAACGGAGCUUCAACAAAGAGGAGACCCUACUGGCUCACAUCCGGGUGCACAACAUGCAAAACGCUGAGAAGCCAAAAGCCGUCAAUUAAGUUUUUAAUGAUUUAGAAAAUUUACGACUUUUUACAUUUUCAAGAUCUGCCUUUUCCAACCUUCACCCGGAAAGUUUAUCGGCUAUAUCCAAACGCUUUCUUUCUCGCCAAUUUUUUUUUUUUUUUUUUUUGUACGAGUGGCUUCAUUGCCAUGCUCAUUUACGGAAAGGGAUUCUGUACACACAUUUAUAUCGUGCGUAUUCUCAUGUAUAUACUAUGUUACCAGUAUAGAAUGUUUAAAAAAAAAAAAAAAAUCCCAAAAAAACAAAGUUUUGUGAGGCGAUCAUCUCUCGCACGUAGUCUUGGAAAUUUCUGCAUGCAAGUCACAGCAAGAACGUUCGGCAUCUUUUUUGAUCUAGAUGGACUGAGACUAAUGGAUACGCGGAUGGAAAUCGCAGAAGCCAGACCUUUUCUUUUUUUUUUAAGAUGGGGGAAGGUUCGUGAUGUCCCAUCACCCUGCACAGGAAUAUACCGCUAUGUAAGAUGUUAGCAGUUAGUGUGGUCCUGAGUAAAUGAUACUUUAGUGGUUGGAAAGGGUCCAUUUUUUUUUUUUUAAUGUUUUAAAAAUUGUCAUUACAAUCCAAAUAAAAUUAGAAAAAAUGCCA